AUGGGAGAGGGCAAAUUUCAUGCUGACUACUCGAAUUUUGGCAAAACUCUGAAAAGGGAAGCGUUGGAACUCGUGAGAAUGUCUUUUGAGGCUCUCGCUGAGGACUCUAGGUAUUGGGUCCUGAAUUUGUCUAAUGCAGCAUCAUUACUUUGGCACGCGUAUCAUUCGCUUGAAAUUCCCGUCAAUUGGGCUGGCUUCUAUGUGGUGGACAAAAACGUCUCCAAAGAUUUGGUUUUAGGGCCAUUUCAAGGAAAGGUUGCUUGUCAAUCAAUUCAGAUUGGGAAAGGCGUCUGUGGUGUCGCGGCACUGGAGAAGACCACUCAAUGCGUGCCCGAUGUGGAGCAAUUCCCGCGUCACAUAGCCUGCGAUGGGGAAACAAAAAGUGAAAUAGUUGUGCCGAUCGUGAAAGAUUCGCAAGUUAUUGCUGUUUUGGAUAUCGACUGUUUGGAAAAAGCUGCAUUUGACCAAGAUGAUGCCGAGCUUCUAGAAGCUUUGGCAGUUGCAAUCUCAAAAUCGCUGGAUUGGCCUCAGUAA